AUGCCUCCUUGUCUAUGCACGUCCACUCUGAAAACCACUUCAGCCCCCCCUGUUGUGGUUGAAUCAACUUCUUCUGGACGUGCUCGCACUCUAUCAUCGAAGCAACAACAGCUGGAUACCAACAAGGCUCUCAAGCAGGCAUCAGCCAAAGACAAGGCAUACACUCAAGCCCUCUGUGCUCAUCAAGCACAGGAAGCAAUCAUGGGCUAUCAGGCAAUCCUGAUACAAGCUCCAGCACCUCCUUCAGCAGCUGCCAAUGCUGAUGGCUUGGAACCAGAGUCCGAGGAUGACGAAAACCAGCCUGCCGCGCAUGGUCAAGGGUUCACAUCAGUCACUCUUCAGCUGAUCAUCAAAACAUCUGUGUGUGAUGGUCGCCUGCUGACUCAUUGUGUUCCAAUUGAUAAAGAAAAUUUCAGCCCCUCCUUCAAAGUACCAAUGGGGGGACCAUCAAAGAACCUUGUUCAACGGGUCAGCAGUCAACCUGAGGUCUUUACCUUCCCCGGGUUAUUCCGUAUGGAAUCCAUGUGGAAUCCAUGGAAUCCAUGGAUAAUUCCAUAUGGAAUCCAUGGAAUCAAUGUUUGCUGA